AUGUGGACCUUCCUGGGCAUCGCCACCUUCACCUACGUCUAUAAGAAGUGCGGGGACUUGGUCACCCUGGCCAACAAGGAGUUGUUGCUGGGUGGGCUGCUCUUCCUGUCCCUGGGCCUGCUGCUCUCCUACCGCUGUCGCCAGCGCCCCCAGGGUCCCCUCGGGCGGAAGCAGAGCCAGCCCCACUUCUCCCUCGCUGCAGUGCUGGCCGCCCUGCCUUUCGUCGGCGUCUUCUGGGCCAAUUCCCCCCCUGCAUCCGAAACGAAAGAGCAGCUCGAGGCCGGAAGGCAUAAAAAAGGAGUAAAUAUUUCAGAAACAAACUUACUAGGAGCAACAGUAACAUCUCCGACUGAUCCAGAAAUUAUCAUCGUGGGAUCUGGUGUACUUGGCUCUGCUUUAGCCUCAGUGCUUUCCAGAGAUGGAAGAAAAGUGACAGUAAUUGAGAGAGAUUUAAAAGAGCCUGACAGAAUAGUCGGAGAAUUUCUGCAGCCAGGUGGCUAUCAUGUCCUUAAAGACCUUGGUCUUGAAGAUACAGUGGGAGGUUUUGAUGCCCAGGUUAUAAAUGGCUACAUAAUCCAUGAUCAUGAAAGCAAAUCAGAGGUUCAGAUUCCCUUUCCUCUGUCAGAAGACAGUCAGGUGCUGAGUGGAAGAGCUUUCCAUCAUGGAAGAUUCAUCACGAGUCUCCGGAAAGCAGCCAUGGCUGAAUCCAAUACAAAGUUUAUUGAAGGCAUUGUGCUGCAGUUACUAGAGGAAGACGAUGCUGUGACAGGAGUUCUGUACAGGGAUAAAGACACUGGAGACACUAAGGAACUCCGUGCUCCGUUGACUGUUGUUGCUGAUGGACUUUUCUCCAAGUUCAGGAAAAACCUAGUCUCCAAUGAAGUUUCUGUUUCAUCUCAUUUUGUUGGAUUUCUUAUGAAGAAUGCACCACAGUUUAAAGCAAAUCAUGCCGAACUUAUUUUAACUAAUCCGAGUCCAAUUCUCAUCUAUCAAAUUUCGUCUAAUGAAACGCGAGUACUUGUUGACAUUCGAGGAGAAAUGCCAAGGAAUUUAAAGGAAUACAUGAUGGAAAAAGUUUACCCACAAAUCCCUGAUCACAUCAAAGAGCCAUUUCUUGAAGCCAUUCAGAAUUCUCGAUUGAGGGCCAUGCCAGCAAGCUUUCUUCCUUCUUCACCAGUCAGCAAACCAGGCGUUCUUCUUUUGGGAGAUGCAUACAAUAUGAGGCAUCCUCUUACUGGUGGAGGAAUGACUGUUGUUUUUAAUGAUAUCAAACUGUGGCGGACACUGCUAAAGGGCAUCCCUGACCUCGGUGAUGACACAGCUGUUCUCCAGGCCAAGAAAUCAUUCUAUUGGGCAAGGAAAAAGUCUCAUUCAUUUGUUGUGAAUGUCCUUGCUCAGGCUCUUUAUGAACUAUUUUCUGCCACAGAUGAUUCCCUCCAUCAGCUAAGAAGAGCCUGUUUUCUGUAUUUCAAACUUGGUGGAGAAUGUGUGGCUGGGCCUGUUGGGCUACUUUCUGUAUUGUCUCCUAAUCCUUUUGUUCUAAUUGGACACUUCUUUGCUGUCACAGUCUAUGCAGUAUAUUUUUGUUUUAAAUCGGAACCUUGGAUCUCAAAGCCCCGAGCCUUCUUUAGUAGUGGUGCUGUUUUAUACAAAGCGUGUUCUGUAAUAUUUCCUCUUAUUUACUCAGAAAUGAAGUAUUUGGUUCAUUAAUCUUAAAGGAGAGCCACUUGUGAAUGAAUCUGUGGGCCUCACCAAGUCCUAAGAGACUUUUGGAAGUGGUGGAUGUAUAUAGCAUAUACCAUAACUACUUUUAAAGUGUAAACUCAUGGAUCAAGAUUAGAAUUAAUUUGUUUUUGAAGUUAUUUGUAUAUAAACAUGUAAAUAGAUCCUUUAAUUUUCAACUUAAAAAUGAAAGGGUAAAAUCACUUAGAUACUCGGAAGAAAUGAUUGUUCCCAUGGAGAGUGCUACCACUGAGGGAUUGCUGGUUCCUUUGAAGUCACUGUUUGGGAAGAGGCAUUGUGGGACAUGCAAAUAAAAUGAAGA